AUGAAGUCCGCAUUGACUGCUGGCCUUGUGGCCUCUGCCCUCCUCUUACAGCAGGCUGCUGGUAUGGGCAGCUGGGGCGAUGCACCAAGCUUUUCAAGUCCUUCCAACUGCAACAAUACCUGUACUACCGAUCAGAAGAGUGGGUUUGACUGGUCCAGUCUUCCUGCAGGUGGUUUCAACAGCUACGGUGGAUUUGGCUUCAGUGGAUUCACUUGUCAGAACUCCUUUCAAGGCAAGAGCAAGAGAUCUCUUCAGACCCGAUCUGAUUUCCAGCCAAAAUGCAUUCAAGGCAGUGUUGGCAAAUCGUCGAGCAGCGGUCCAAGCUUCUCUUGCGGAAAGGACGACGCCUUCUCAAUCAGCCACAUGCAAGUAUCUGUCUCCUUCGACACCGAAUUGGAUUUCAUUUUUUCCAUGCCUGAUGGCUCGACUUGCAAGCACACCGCUUCGUGCCAGUCUGCUGGUACGACAGUUGAGAACUCUCAGUGCGGUGGUGCCAAGUCAGUUACAUUCCAAUUGCCUCCUAGCAGCGGUAAGAGCUCGUGUGAUGUCGGCAUCCACUCGAUCGGAUUCGACUGCAGCUCUUCAUCUCCGCCGACCCCACCGACCACUUCGACCACGACUACCACUACUACGCCUGUGAAGACGACUACUACUCCUGGUGUGGUGACCACUACUACGACAACGACUCCUGUUGUCUCGACCACAACUAGUCCAACGACCACCACUACUCCAGUUCUGGAGACUACCACCACAACCACGACGCCUGGCAAGGAGACCCCUACAACCACCACAACCACACCUGCUGUGUGGACUACAACCACGACCACCACUCCUGGAAAGGAGACCCCUACUAAAACCACGACCACUACUACAUCGGGCCAAGAGACAACUCCAGGUGCGACAACCACGAGCACGACCACCUGGGGCAAGGAGACUCCUACAACCACCAUCACCACAACUACACCGGGCAAACAGACUCCACCGGCCACUACAACGACCACAACUACUACUCCAGGCAAGGAGACUCCUGCCACCACGACCACUACGACCACUACUCCUGGUCAACAGACACCCGGCACUACUACCACCACUACACCCGGCAAAGAAACACCUCCCACCACCACCACCACCACCACCACCACCACCACCACAACUCCAGGCAAAGAAACUCCAUCCACAACGACAACCACACCCGCAACAACGCUCUCCACGACCACCCCCAAAAUCUCUCCACCAACAACCUCAUCGUCGACAACGGUCCCCUCCGGUCCACCCCCACCCGAGUCCUCCGCACCCUGCCCGUCCGUUUUGCCCAGCUGUCUCAACACCUGGCUCAGCAUGAUGCCCAAGUGCUCAUCAAACAGCGAUACCAAAUGUUUCUGUCCCAGCCCUGAGUUCAUCGCCUCGGUGCAAGAGUGCGUGUCCGCAUGGGCCGGAAGCGACGAUGAAAUCACGGCCGCUUUGUCUUAUCUGGCGGGGAUCUGUGCCGACUUUGUUCCGCAGAACCCGGGUAUUUGCACGGGCAUUCCGACCUCGAUCACUUUGAUCCCAUCGGUGGCGCCUGUGACGGAGACGGUCACAGCCACUGCAACGCAGACAAAUGGAAUCGGACGCGGGUCACGACCUCCUGUGGGCCCGUCGACGCCGCCACCCGCCGUUCCAGUGACCACUGUGACGUUCACGCAGACUGCUGCCGGCGGUAGUGUGAUUACGACCGCGGUCACGGUGCCGCAGGUCACGUUCGUCACGGCCAGUGCGACCGGCACGGCCGCGGCGGGAGGUGUCGGUUUGGUGCCCUGGGGUGCCGCUGCCACUGCCACCGGAGUGUCCGAGGGCAGCGGAGCUGGAAGUGGAAGUGGAAGUGGAAGUUCACCAGCAAGCGAAAGUGGUGCAGGUGCAGGUGCGGCGCCGGCGCCGGUCAGCACGGCUGCAGGACAGACGUUUGCGCCGGCCAGUAGUACGACGGGCGUGGCGCCGGCUCAGUUCACUGGCGCAGCGGUGAGGAAUGGGUUCAGCAGCUUCACGUUUGGUGUGACGGUAGCUGCGGGUGUGUUGGGGGCUUUUGCGUUGAUGGCUUGAUCGGACCGUAUCGGGUUUGAAGGUUAUGUGGAGGUGGUAUGUGUGGAUGGAUGAUGGAUGUUGCAUAUGGCAGUCAAUGCCGAAGGGACAUAUAAUGGAAAGGGGCGGAAAGAUGUAAUUUAUUUUGGUCCAGAUAACAGAACAGUACAAUAGGAAAAAGCAAGGAUGAUAUCCA